AUGUCGCCGCCAACAACCCCUUCUCCCAUUAACCCACCACCCUCCGAAUUAGAUGGAGACUCAACAGGAACGGAGAGAGAGACUUCCUCUCCUCCGGUGGGUGAAACCAAGCUAGAAGCUGAUCAAGGCCCUAUGCCAGCAGCGGACCAAGAAGAGCAAUGGGUGACUGGCAUCAAACUAUUUAACAUUGUAGCUGCCAUGACUCUAGUGUGUCUUCUUAUACUGCUUGACACAUCAAUUAUCGCCACGGCUAUCCCAAGGAUCACAAGUGAAUUCCAUUCUCUUAGCGAUAUUGGCUGGUAUGGAGGAGCUUACCAACUCGGAUGUGCGGCGCUCCAGCUUCUAACCGGGAAAUUAUUCAUGAACUUCAGUUCCAAAUGGACUUAUAUGUCAUUCUUCGCCCUCUUCGAACUUGGCUCUUUAAUCUGCGGUGUGGCGAACUCAUCGAAGAUGUUGAUUGUAGGACGUGGAAUUGCUGGAGCGGGAGCUUCGGGUAUUUUUAACGGUACCUUCACUAUCCUUUCCGGAUGUGUUCCUAUGGAGAGGAGGCCGUCUCUGGCUGGAUUCGUAAUGGGUGUCUCGAAUCUUGGACUUGUGAUGGGGCCCCUGAUCGGAGGAGCGUUAACAGAAUACACGACGUGGAGGUGGUGCUUCUACAUAAAUCUCCCAGUCGGUGGUCUUGUCGCCCUCAUGCUAGCCUUCAUCGAAAUUCCCGACCAGAUCCCAAAGCCGAAACCAAUGUCCGUCGUUCGCACUCUUCAUAAAACCCUCGACCCGCUCGGCUUCGUUCUCUUCGCCCCGGCCGCAAUCGAAUUGCUUCUCGCUUUACAAUAUGGAGGAAUACAAUAUGCUUGGAAUAAUUCUGUCGUCAUCGGGCUCUUUUGCGGGGCUGGUGUCACAUUCAUCAUCUUUCUUGCCUGGGAAUACCGCCAGGGUGACGACGCGAUGAUCCCCUUCUCGAUGGCUCGGAAGAGAACUGUGUGGACUAGCUCCCUGGUAUAUGGACUCUUGCUAUCCCAGUCAUUUUGCGCCUCUUAUUAUUUGCCCGUUUAUUUCCAAGGUGUUAAAGGCGCGACUCCCCUACUUAGUGGUGUGUAUCUUCUGCCAAGCAUCCUAGGCCAGUUGAUCUCUUCCGUGGUGUCGGGAGUGUUGCUCGGAAAAUGGGGAUAUUAUCUACCGUGGACCCUCGCUAGUACGGUCAUGCUGUCGGUUGCCAACGGCAUCCUCUCCACACUAUCCCCCGACACAUCGACCGGAAAAUGGAUCGGAUACCAGAUUCUUCUGGGAGUAGGCCGAGGUUUUGGCUUGCAGAUGCCAAUCAUCGCAGUCCAGAACACUCUCCCGCCCGCUCAAAUCGCUGUCGCUAUGUCUUUAGCUAUGUUCAGUCAGAAUUUUGGCGGGGCUCUCUUCCUCAGUUUCAGCGACACAAUCUUCACAAACAGCUUGAAGACGCUUAUCCCUCAAUACGCGCCUUCGGUCAACCCGCAGCUUAUCAUCAACGCUGGCGCCACCGGAUUCCGAACGAUUAUCAGUCCAGAAGAUCUUGCCAACGUACUUGUAGCAUAUUCGAAGAGUGUGGACCGCGUGUUCUACUUGACCACGGGAGCGGGAGUAGCUAGUUUUGCCUUUUCUUGGGGAAUGGGCUGGAAAGAUAUCCGUAAGAAGAAGGAAGUUUCAAAAGCUUAG